AUGCGUGUCUUUCCAAUAGUCAACAAGGCCCGGAAGCCUAAAUUCGAACUUCACCUCUCGAUCUACGACCUGAACAACGUGCCGCUGGUCGCCGGCACAUCGAUAGUGAAAUGGCACCUCCCGGCCUCGAUCCACGGCGAGCACCGCGGCCGGACGGGCAAGUGCUCCAUCGAUAAGAUCAACCACCGCGUCUCCUACAACUACUCCAAGAUCAUCCCGCUGCGCAUCUCCAUCGACCGCGCCAACAACCUGACCGAGUGCCCCAUCGAGUUCGAGGUGCUGCAGGAGUUCCCCAUGGUGCCCUCGGGCCGGGACGAGAAGAUCUCCCUCGGCACCGUGAAGCUGAACCUCAGCGAGUACGUCGAAGAGAGCGAGAACUUCCCACGACGGAGCACCACGAGCACGCGGGGUCGCGGCAGCCUUGAACAUGCGCGCGACAAGGUCAUGGGACAUAACUCGUCACAGUCACACGGAAGACUGGACAGCCGCUCCGCCGUGGCAGAGACCCCGAUCAGCCCCACGAACACGACGGCAGCAGCACCGCAGCUAGAGGAGAACGACGUGGUAGACGAGGAGGCGGAGGAGGGCAUCGUGCGGCGGUACCUGAUGCAGGAGAGCAAGAUCAACAGCACGCUGAAGAUCGGGAUCUUGAUGGUGCAGGUAGAUGGGGAGCGCAACUACGUUGCGCCGCCGCUGAAGACGGCGCCCAUAUUCGGCGGCAUCGCGGGAAUCAUGACGAGCGACCCGCUGGGCGACCAGGACGACGGAAGCAACAGCGGCAUGGCUGGCAGCGCCCUGCCCUCGCUCAACAAGUCGCGCGACGCCUCCGAGCUGCAGGACAUGUACCGCCGGUCCCUAGCCGCCAGCUGGGCCUGCCAGCCCGGCGAGCUGCCCGCCGACGAGUGCAUCGAGGACAUCUUCUCGGGCGGCAGCGGCUGGCGUGACAAACACCGGGGCGCCACCAAUAAUAACAUGUCGAGGAAGAAGUCCUCCCAGUCACGGAGAUCCGACACGGAAUCUCCCGAUAGCAAUAUCACCAGCAACAGCGCCAGCGGCGACGAGGCCGCGGGUGGGACGCUUCGACCCAGCGAUAUGCGGCGCAUGCGGACGCACCUGCGCUCGCGCAGCACUGCCAGCGAUAAGAGCACGAGCACGCUGACUACAACCGGCGGUGGCGGCGCCCGCAAUAACUCAUACAAUGUCACCCACACCACCAGCAACAAUAACUACUCCUCAUACGAUGGCACUGGCGACAACGGAAACGGCAAUAACGCGCACCCCAACCAAAGCGGCCAUCGAAGACAGCUCAGUGGGCGCAGCGCGCGUAGUGGAAAAAGCGGAUACUCCAGCCACCUCAACGUUCCUAACAUCAACGGUAGAGGAGAGGAUGGUGACAGGCACGCCCCCAGCGAAGAGCUCUCAGAUGAGUUCGGCAUGCGCAUUCGGAGCGAGAGUCUGGGCAGCCUGGCCCCGACGAUCGGCAGUUCUACCAGCAGCGAGCGUGAGAGGGGCCGGGAAGGGUUCAGGCGGCCGAAAGAGGUCGACGAGUAUGAGUUGCGCGAUGACUUGGUUGCGUGGAAGCUGCCGGAGAUAGUGCGGUAG